AAAAUAUACUUAGAGCAGUACAAUAUCUACACACUUUGUCAAUAACUUUUUGCAAUCAAUAACGAAUUACUGGUUAGCACCAUAAAACUGUAAACACAUCAAGUGCACCAAAAUUAAUCAUGCCGGAAUUUGAAGAUGUUAUUCAACCUUCACCUUUUAGACCUCAAUUAGAUUAUAAUCCUACUACUGUUAUUCAUAGAUAUACAGUAUUAUUAAAAGAUGGUCAAACAACUGCAACAAUUUAUCCUAUACAUUCUCCAAGUGAAUUACCUCCUGGAUUAUUGGCAUUUUUAUGUGAUGAAUUUAAUAUGGAAAUUGAACGAGGAGAAACUUCAUCAUUUUUUGAUACUUUACAUAUUGAACAAUUUCAAAAUUAUUGGUUUGGAUCAUUUGGAGCAGUUAUGGUAUUAGGUGAUUCUCCAGAAUUAGAAGGUGCAAGACAAUGGGAAAAAGAAUGUUUAGGAACUUUUUAUAUUAAACCAAAUUAUCCUGGACGUUGUUCACAUAUUUGUACAGCCAAUUUUUUAGUUAAUGCAGGUAUUAGAGGAAAAGGUAUUGGUAGAACUUUAACUGAUUGUUAUCUUCAAUGGGCACCAAGAUUAGGUUAUACAUAUUCUGUAUUUAAUUUAGUAUUUGAAACUAAUGUUGCAGCCAGAAGAAUUUGGGAAUCAUUAAAUUUUAAAAGAGUUGGUAGAGUUAAAUCAGCAGGAAUUUUAAAGGGUCAUGAUCAAGCAGUAGAUGCAAUAAUGUAUGGUAGAGAAUUAGUAAAUACAAGUGAUCCAGCAGUUGGAGCUUAUAGAUUUGAUAAAAUAAAAUUUUAUUUAGAAACUGGAAGAUAUCCAGCAAUGGCUGAUAGACAAGAAAAAUCUCGAUUAAGAUCUUCAGCUUCUCAUUAUCGAUUAGUUGAUGGUAAAUUAUUAUUAAAGGGAAGAGAAGUAGUAAGUGAUCCAGUUAAACAACUUCAAAUUUGCACAGAAGUUCAUUUACAAAAUCAUGGUGGCAUUAAUAAAACAACUUCAAUUGUUACAGAAAAGUAUCAUUGGACUAGAAUUAAAGAUACUGUAGCAACUGCCAUUAAAAAUUGUCCCGAAUGUCGAGAUCCUGCUCGAGAUGAAACCAAUUUGAAAAGACCCAAUGGACCUAAGAAGACUCCUAAUCCUGCGCUUUCGCGUCAUAAAACCAAAUUAUUCCAUUCUCUGCCCAAUAAUCCUAAUGCUAAUAAUUUACUUAGGGCAAGAGCAACAACAACUAAUGAUGAUGUUGAAGCCAUAGUAGCUGCUGCACAUUUGGGUAAUAGACACGAUGCAGAGGCAUUAUUGAGUCAUGAAUUAGCAGGAUUGGAUGAUAAUAUUAUAGCGGUGGUUGAAGAAGCUCAAAGGAAUCAACAACAGCAGCAGCAACAACAACAGCAACAACAACAUCAUAACCCACAACAACAGCACAGAAAACAAGGUAUAACUUCGCAUCAUCACACAACUCAUCAGUCAUAUGCAGCAGCUGCUGCUUCUGCUGUAAGUGGAGGUUCUUCACAUUACCAUGAUUAUUCAAAUGAUUAUUCAAGUGAUUACAAUGAUGAUAAUGAUUUAAAAGAUCGUAGAAACAGUAAUGAUAUCCCCGUUGAUCCUGUUGUGGAGUCUUAUGACCAUCAAUCGGGAGGUGAUGAGAUAGAAAUUGCUCGAGCAUUAAUUCAAGCGAAUGAGGAUGUUAAUGAUGAUGCACAUCAUCGAUCAGAUAAUAGAGGAUCGCAGAAUGAUGCUAAUUUAUUCAUUAAGGAGCGAGAAGAAUAAUAAAUAAAAUAGAGUAGUAUAAUUUAAAGUAAACUCAAACAAAGUAUUAUUCUCUGUUAUCUUAUCAAAUGACAUCAAUCCAUGCUAAGUACUUCCUCAAAUGCUAUAUUUUCUAUGUAUAGAUUUCUACAUUAAAAUCUUCAAUCGUUAAAAUGUAAUAAUAUAUUAAUAUAUCAAUAAAC